AUGCACCAAGCUCUCAAAGCUCCUGAACAUAGCUUUGCCUACACCAAGAAAACUAUCGAACCAGCGUUUGGCCUCAAGCUCCCUAAGAUUUUUGAUAAUUUUGAAGAUAAACCUGUAGCAUCUGGAAGUAUUGCUCAAGUGCAUCGAUUGAGAGCUACUUUAAGAUUUAGGAGAGAUUUUGUUAUAAUCAAUCUGGUAGUAAAACUUUCGAACUGCAUUCCUGCUUUAAAGUUGUGGAGAUUGGAUGAGAGUGUACAGCAGUUUGCAGUUUUGAUGAUGUCUCAAGUUGAUCUUGCAAGGGAAGCUGCCCAUUUGCGUCCACUUGUGCAUCCUGCUGUUUUGGUGGAAACUUAUGAACAAGGGGAAUGUUGUCUUUGUUGGUGUCUCACCGGGCUAGCAAUAUUUGAAGUAUGGGCCCCCUCCUUUUCUUCGAGUAGAAAGAGAAGAGUUGGACCAAAUUUCAAAUGUAGCUACCUUGGGUGA